UGUAUUUACUACAAAAUCUUAUUUACCAUGUAACACAAAUUUCAAUUAAUAAUAAUAUUCAUACAUAGCAAUCAAUUAACAGUAACCAAUGGAUAACGAUAGUGGUGAUGAGAAUAAUGAUUCUGAAAAUUCUUCCGUUAUUAGCUUUAGUUUAUUUCGGGGGAAAAUAUCCGAUGGGGUGAACAAAGAGAUUGAUCUGGGCGAUUAUUUCGAUAAGAAUCCUUUCACAUUUGCAAGUCAAACUAAAAAGCCUGAGUGUGAAACAUUUGGUACACAAGUAUCAAGACCUGCUUCGAUAUUGCGAAAAUCAAACGAAUUCACACCACAAGGAAUCGAUGUGGAAAUUAGAAAUUUGGAAUGUACGGACCUUGAAGAACCAUUCUGUCAUGUCAAAUUAGAUUCUAUACUGAAGUUAAAAGACAGCACCAAGAAAUUGCUAAGUCUACUGGAAGAGAUUCAAGCUAAGACUCACACUAAAGCACCUUUCCCGAAUGAGCCUCGCAUCUACGAUGUCGUUAAGUCAUUGCCUGAAAACGGCCAAGUGCCGGAUAAUACUAAGACUGUAACAGAUGUGAUUGGCGCAAGUGCAAUAAAGAAGUUAGAAACUCAGACAAAAGAUUUGGACGCGAUAUACAUAGAGGAUGAAGAUGAUUGCUCUGUUUACAAGAGAUUAACAAGAAAAUGCAACUGUUUGAAUCAACAGGAAUAUAAUGAUUUUAUAAUACAUUUUAACGAAGACACUAAGUAUUACACGAGCAAUGUUGGAGAAAUUAUAAAAAAUAUGCGGAUACUAAAAAAGUUCCUAUACAUGAGUGGCGGAUUUACCAAAAACGCUUUGAUGUUUUUGAAUGAAGGAUUAUCAGAGUCAUCUCAUAGUGAAAAAGUGGAGAUAAUACAAGGAAUAUCACACGCCGAUGUAUGCAAUGUGUUCGAGGAGCAAUCAAUAGUUACCAUUUGCAUAUCGUGGCCAUGUAAAUACGAAAACUACGGCGAUUCUGUGACGCAGGCACUAGCGUCUGGAUUUCUGUUCAGAUUGGCACAACUAGAAGAAGGACGUCGAUACUUAAAGUUUAGCUCCAAAAUAACAAACGACAUAAAGAGACUUUUGAGAAAGAAAUCUACUAAAUUAGAAUUUGAUACUGUGGAAUCCUUAAACUCCACAUUGAACCUGUUACAUCCACCGAUGACACAACAUCUUAACGUGACAUACUACUGCAAGCCUGUUGAAGAAGGUUUUGGAAAUAAAACUAUCAAAGCGUUGGUUCAGUACCGACAGUACAUGACUUUGGAGGAAAUUUUCACUCACUUGGAUUUACUGCACACCUUGAGUAAUAAAGAUAUGGGGAGGAAAGAGCUAACCCUGUUUUUACCAGCCCUACUCUCUUUAUUUAAAAAUAUGCUGUUAGAGUAUGAUAACAGUGAAAUUAAUAUAAUAAUAACGAAUAUACUGAACAAUAUUGUGGCGAGGAAUAUCUAUGAGGAACAACCUGAGUUACCGAAAACUAUGAUCAUCGCCGAUACCGCUACGGAGCCUAUAUCAAUGAAAAAUGAAAUAAACCAAGUUCCAAACCCAAAGAAGAAUAAACAUAAAAAAUUUGAAAAAUCUAAAUUAGUGCUGACACCAACGAAAUUGCGGCAAACAUCUAAGAGAAAAGUUUCAGAUUGGGAGACACCCAGCUUACUUAAUAGAUCAAAGAAAUUUACUAAAGUGAAUUCCAAAAACCCUAUAAUAUUUGUACCAGUAGAUAAAUAAAAUACAAUGAAGUCUAAUAAAAGCAAUAUAUUGUCAGUAAAAAUGCAUGAAUACAUCACAAGGCUAAAUUAUUAUCACCAUCACAAAGCUUAUGUGUAAAUGUUAUUAAAUACAUGUUUAACACA